GAGGAAAGGCUGAGGGACACCCGGUGCUUGAAGAUUCCGGUGAAUCUUGUAUUUCACAGACUCGGAAGAAAAAUCGGGUUGUUUUUCAUCCGCUAAUUGUCAGGUUUUGGGGGCAGUGGGAAACAGGAGUUGGGACAUGGACAGCCGCUUGCAGGAGAUCCGGGAGCGGCAGAAGUUACGGCGACAGCUCCUUGCGCAGCAGUUGGGAGCAGAAAGUGCCGACAGCAUUGGUGCUGUGUUAAAUAGCAAAGAUGAGCAGAGAGAAAUUGCUGAAACAAGAGAAACUUGCAGGGCUUCCUACGAUACCUCUGCUCCAAAUGCAAAACGUAAGUAUCAGGACGAAGGAGAGACAGAUGAAGACAAAAUGGAAGAAUAUAAGGAUGAAUUAGAAAUGCAGCAGGAAGAAGAGAAUUUGCCUUAUGAAGAAGAGAUUUAUAAAGAUUCUAGUACUUUUCUUAAGGGAACGCAGAGUUUAAAUCCCCAUAAUGAUUACUGCCAACAUUUUGUAGACACUGGACAUAGACCUCAAAAUUUCAUCAGGGAUGUAGGUUUGGCUGACAGAUUUGAAGAAUACCCUAAACUGAGGGAGCUCAUCAGGCUGAAAGAUGAGUUAAUAGCUAAAUCUAACACUCCUCCUAUGUACUUACAAGCAGAUAUAGAAGCCUUUGACAUCAGAGAACUGACACCUAAAUUUGAUGUGAUUCUUCUGGAACCCCCUUUAGAAGAAUAUUACAGAGAAACUGGCAUCACUGCUAAUGAAAAAUGCUGGACUUGGGAUGAUAUUAUGAAGUUAGAAAUUGAUGAGAUUGCAGCACCUCGAUCAUUUAUCUUUCUCUGGUGUGGUUCCGGGGAGGGAUUGGACCUUGGAAGAGUGUGUUUACGCAAAUGGGGUUACAGAAGAUGUGAAGAUAUUUGUUGGAUUAAAACCAAUAAAAACAAUCCUGGAAAGACUAAGACUUUAGAUCCAAAAGCUGUCUUCCAGAGAACAAAGGAACACUGCCUUAUGGGGAUCAAAGGAACUGUUAAGCGUAGCACAGAUGGGGACUUCAUUCAUGCUAAUGUUGACAUUGACUUGAUUAUCACGGAAGAACCUGAAAUUGGCAAUAUAGAAAAGCCUGUUGAAAUUUUUCAUAUAAUUGAACAUUUUUGCCUUGGUAGAAGACGCCUUCAUUUGUUUGGAAGAGAUAGUACAAUUCGACCAGGCUGGCUUACAGUUGGACCAACUCUUACAAAUAGCAACUAUAAUGCAGAAACAUAUGCAUCCUACUUUAGUGCUCCUAAUUCCUACUUGACUGGAUGUACAGAAGAAAUUGAGAGACUCCGACCAAAAUCACCUCCUCCCAAAUCCAAGUCUGAUCGGGGAGGCGGAGCUCCCAGGGGCGGAGGAAGAGGUGGAACUUCAGCGGGCCGCGGCCGAGAAAGGAAUCGCUCUAACUUCCGAGGUGAAAGAGGUGGCUUUAGGGGCGGCCGUGGAGGCGCACACAGAGGCGGCUUUCCACCUCGGUAACUCUUUGAGACACUGACCUGCUAAUGCCCUUUAUACCUUCUUCAUUGUAGUUUGAAUUCCAGUUGGGGGACUUUGUUUAGUACUCAAUUCCAGCUUGCGCUUUGCUUUAAGUUCUCGAAGCUGCAGGAAUAUCUUAGCCAGUCUCCCUCCUAGUUGUUACACACAUUGUGUAGUUUUAUGCCAGAAAAACAGAUCAUCCUGCCUUUGGUCAUGUGCAUGUAACUUGACAAUGAAACAAAUACCUUCCUUUCAGAGACUAAUUUAUUCUGGUAGAUUCCAACUAAUUACAGAGGCUUUUGCUUUUUAGAAAUAGUUUAAGUGAACAGUGAAAAAGCCCCAAUCUGUCGUGUCGUACUAGUGCCAGGAGCAGUUGAUAAUAGGCAUCCUGCCACUGCUGUCAUAGCACAUGGAAGGCUCUUUGGGAGCCUUGAUGGAAUGGAGUUGGGACAGAUGGUUAACUUCUGUCACAGUUUUAACAUUUUCUCGAUGAAACAAUAAAAAGAGACUUUUUUUUCUUUUUAAAAAAUGUUAUGCUCAGAUAUAAUUUGACUACUACUGAGAAAUUGAGAGCAUUUGAACAAAAUCACCUCCUCCCAAAUCUAAAUCUGAUAGGGGAGGUUGGCGCUCCCAGCGGUGGGGAGAGGAAGAGUUGUAGAAUUUAGUAGGCAGACUUAAAAAGAGAGAAAAAGCUCAUCAUAAUUUCAGUUGCAUAGCUACAGAUGACUGUGAAUCACACUUCUUAAAAAGCACAGGAAGACAAAUAUCCAAGUGCUAGAACUUUGAUAUAGACUUGAACCUGGAUUGACCUUCAAAGCAGCUUUAUAUUCCUUAGGAAAGUAAAAGAAAUGCAACAACAGAGAGACCUGGUUAUCAGUUAUUUUGGAGAAUAAAGUAUUUGGUGAUGAGGAAAUGACAUCUUUAAACUUGUUAUGGAGAAAACAGUAUAAAAACCAAUUACAGAAAACCCUCAACUUAAGACAGCUUAGAAAAUGGAACUGCAGUUGCCUUUUAUUAAGACCGUAUGGUGUGUUGUUUUUAAGAGUGUGGUUUUGCAGAUAGAUUGGUUGUAUAAAACUUUCUGCUGUCAUUUCUCUUUCUCUACUGUAACUCAUGUUUUAAAUGAAUUUAAUGAAUGAAAUACCAUUAUUGUUCUUGAAAAAUAUAUUUUUUAUUUUGUGUACGAUUUUUCUAAUGAAACUUUAAACCUUUGAAAUGUGGGAGUCUGUUUUCUCUAAGUGGAAUUCCCUUUGUUACCAAAUGAAAAAGGACUGACUUAAGAUCAGACUUUUGUUUUG